GAGAAGGAGGAGCACCAUUACCGGCAGUGCUUGUCUUCACCGAACCGGGGACUAGUAUGACUAGUCACGGGACCUGACCGAUGCGUUUCAGUUAACGAAAAUAGCUGCUGUCUCGUUUUAAAAAACAAACAAAAAAGGCAAAAACGACGGCUCGUCUGGAGACAGAAAUUGUUUAGGAUGGGCGAGCGUGUGGGCAACGUGUUUCUAAUCACCGGUUCUCAGUGGCUGCUGCCUGUCAGUGAAUAUUUGGGAUUUCCUCUUGAACUGGUGAACUUUUUGGCGUGUCAGCUGUUUGCUCUGUCGUGCGCCUUCUGGUUUCGUCUCUACCUCAGCCCUCGUCGCAGCGAUCCCCGCGUGAGGCACGCCGUGGCCACUCUGCUCGGCGUCGCCUUCCUCGUCUUCUGCUUCGGAUGGUACUCCUCUCACUUCCUGGCGGUGGUGCUUGCGAACUACCUUAUCAUCAUCCAGGCUGACAUCAACAAUGUCCACAGGUAUUCCAUGGUGAUGGCGAUGGGAUACCUGACUGUGUGCCAAGUGAGCAGAGUCUUCAUCUUUAAAUAUGGACUACUGUCCACUGACUUCUCUGGGCCACUGAUGAUAGUGAUCCAGAAGAUUACCUCACUUGCAUUCCAGCUCCAUGACGGUAUGUGUAAGAAAGCUGAAGAGCUGACCUCAGAACAGAAGGUGCUUGCAAUAAAUGUGAGACCUUCUCUCAUCGAAUACCUGAGUUACAAUCUCAACUUCCUGAGCGUGUUGGUGGGUCCGUUCAAUAACUACAAAGACUACAUGGACUUCAUCGAGGGCACACACAUUAGCUGCAGGCUCAAGCGACACUCAAGCACGUGCAAUGGCAAGAACGGCGACCAUAAAAGUCCGGACCCGUCACCUCUGAAUGCUGUCAGUCAAAAGUUGCUGGUGUGCUGCGGCUGCAUGCUCUUCUUCCUCACCAUCACACGGUCCUUGCCAAUAAAAUACAACGUCCAGCCCCACUUUGUCAGCCAGACCCCCUUCAUCACGCGACUCACCUACGCUUUCUUUUCCAUUCAAGCUGCCCGACCCAAAUUCUACUUUGCCUGGACACUAGGUGAUGCCAUCAACAACGCUGCCGGUUUUGGUUUCUCAGGGAUGGAUGAAAAUGGAAAAGCUUCCUGGAACCUCCUCAGUAACCUGAACAUCGUGGGGAUUGAGACAGCAACCAGCUUCAAGACUUUCAUUGACAACUGGAACAUACAAACUGGAAAUUGGCUUAAAAUGGUGUGUUACGACAGAGCGCCGCGACACCGCUUAGCCUUGACCUUCAUCUUGUCUGCCUUGUGGCACGGCGUUUACCCAGGGUACUAUUUCACCUUCAUCACCGCCAUCCCGAUCACGCUGGCAGCACGAGCUGUACGAAAGUCGUUCCGGCAUCACUUCCUGGGCUCCAGAGGUUUAAAGCUGGGUUACGACAUCUUGACGUGGACGUCCACCCAGUUGGCCAUCUGCUACACUAUCAUGCCCUUUCUACUCUUGGCAGUAGAACCCACCAUGGUCUAUUACAGGUCCAUGUACUUCCACGUGCACAUCAUCAGCAUCCUGGCUGCGCUUGUCCUGCACCCCAACGUCAAAAGCAAAGCCGCCGCCACAAAGACGCCCGCACGCGCCCCCUCCGCCCAGUGUCUGCCUGUCCUCUGUAACAACAAUGACAAAACACAUUGAAGCCUCCUCCAGAUCCCUAAAAAGGCUCUCAUGCAAACAAAAAAGAAGAAAGUACAGUACGUAAUGUUUUUUUAAAUGAUUUGAAGACAGAACAGUCUUUGAACGGACAUCAUGAGCCGGGAUUGUGUUGCCAAUACAUCUGACAGAAGGUCUUUAUUGACAACAGUGUGGACUAGACUGGAGGUUGCCUGUCUCUGGGUGCGAUUCGAGCCAGCGCAGUGGGAGUGUGAAGGCAAAUACCGCAAGUAAUACUCAGAAGCAAGACACUGGAGUACAAAUAUGCACACUGUGGCUGUGAUGGCACACAAAGGUUGUCUUUGUGUCGCUGGAGCUCCAUUACCCACAAUCACCAGACACUCGCGUUGUGUGUGUAUAAGUGUGCGUGCGUGCCUGUGUGGCGCAAACAAAACAAGUGAAACUAGCGUGAUGGUUUAAAAAAAGAAAAGGCGAAUGGUGCUCGAUGCCCAAGAUAAUAGGAUAACAGGAAACAGUACAGUAGCAUAGGUUUUAUUCAUAAAAACGAUAUUUAAUAUGAUUUUAAUACACCGUUACAUUAUACACAGUUUGAACUCUUAACACUACGCUUAGAGGACAAAUAAAAAACAAAAAUUAAAUGUUUAAAAUGUUUUUAAAUUAAUUGAAAAUUAAACCUACACACACAAGUUUAAAAAUAAAGAGCUCUUAAAGAUUAAAUGCAAGUAGAUUGUACUUACAAUUUAAGUACAGCUGAUCUCAAGCAUAACUACAAUCCACCCAAGACACUGAUACCACAAUUUCUUUCUUCAAAAUCGUAAAAAUGUAUGCAAAAGAUCUAUAGCCGCACAGAAUGAGUACAGAUGAAUGCUCAUUUAAAAAUUAUAUUUAAAAAAAUCCCUUCACUCUAUCACUAUAUCGCAGGGUGGGUUAGGCAUUGUGUCACAAUCAGCCACAAGUUUUGGUGUUCUAAUGGGAUGUGCACAAGGCAAACCUCGGAAAAUGUUUUCUGUUUCUCCAAGGAAUUCCAAAGGUCUCCUCACGUGGCAUGUUGGUGUCCACAGUUGGACUUGUGAAUGCAAAGUAUGUAUUGCUCGCGCAACACAGGCAAGCUUGUUUGAUGCGUUUGUUCCUCUUUGUUUGAACGGAGUUGCUCCAAGAAGUUCAGAUUUUUGUAAUUUGUAUUUAUUUAUUUUUUUCUUUUAACCACAUUCCAUCUACGUUCAGAAGUAAUCAUUUGAAACACUUAAAAUAUAAUCACACUUUAAGGAAAAUGCAGAGAAUGUUAAGCUGUCGUUCCCCUUUGGAAUGUAUAUUAACUUAUAUUGAGGUCAAUGUAACAAGGCGAAGACAAAAGUGCAGGUAACAUGUUGAAUCUGGAAUUCACAAAUGUUUACACUGAUUUAUGUUUAGUUAGCAAUUUCAUGAAUUGCUACUAUUUAUUGACCUCUAGCAAUUUUUAAUGGAGGGGGGGACAGGAUUCAGCGUUGCUACUGAAAACGUUGCCUAGGGGAGUCGAGACCGAUUUGAAGGGAUUGUGUACGUUUGUGUUGUUGGUUGUGUUUUUUUGUUUUGUUUUUUUUUUCCCCAAUGGAGAGUGUGUGUCAAUGCAUGCGAUAUAAAUGGAUGGUUACAAUGUAAUCCAUGCAAUUUGGACCUUUUUAUUUGCACAAGUGAGAUCAAAUAUACUGUCAAUGAGUGUAUGUGUUCUAUUAUUUUUUUAAUACACUUUAAAAAAAAAAAAAAAAAAUUGUGAAAUGUAACCAAUAAAG